GCGGAGGGGGCGGGUCGCGUCAGGCGCCACGUCCGCAGCCGGAGGCCGCCGCCGCCGCCGCCCGGGACCCAGCCUUGCGCCAGCUCCCGAGCCCCGAGGAGGAGGAGGAGAAGCAUCCGGAUUGCAGCCGCCCCGGACGGACCGCGUCACGGCCCCUGCUGCCCCGGCCGCCGCUGCAGUCGUCGGUGCCGCCGCCGCCGCCGCUCCCUCCCUUCCUCCCUCCCUCCCUCCGCCCGGCCGCACCUCUGGCCCCGACCCCGCGGUGAUCAUGAAUCAGGCAGAUAAAAAUCAAGAAAUUCCAUCUUAUCUUAGUGAUGAACCACCAGAAGGGUCGAUGAAAGAUCACCCACAGCAGCAGCCAGGCAUGUUGUCUCGUGUGACUGGAGGUAUCUUCAGUGUUACAAAGGGAGCUGUUGGCGCCACCAUUGGUGGUGUGGCUUGGAUUGGUGGAAAGAGUCUGGAGGUGACCAAAACAGCUGUUACAACUGUGCCUUCCAUGGGAAUAGGGUUGGUGAAAGGAGGCGUGUCUGCUGUGGCUGGAGGUGUGACAGCUGUUGGUUCUGCUGUUGUAAACAAAGUGCCCUUAUCAGGAAAGAAGAAGGACAAGUCUGACUAAGAUGAGGUACACUUGCACACUUGCACACUUGCUCUCCACAGCAUAUGAUGCCAGUGGCAUUGAACUGCUCAAGUACAGACUACAGCCAAGUCAACCGCUCAACUGCUGUGUUGAAAGUAUCGAUGACUGGCUUCAUCUAAAACAAGAAGAGACCAAUACCAUUCCAGUGUAUGGAGGCUUCUCAUACUUAAGUUCAGCUCUCUAUCUGGUAAAAUGUUACACUUACUCAGUUGUAACUGAAGAUAUGGUAUGUUUAAAUAUUUGCUCUCAGUCUUUCAGUUUGACUAAAAAUGUGAAAGUUCAACUUAGUAGAUGACUUUACAGUUCCAUGUGUACAGUGUGCCAGGUAACUCAUAUGACCCUUACAAAGGGACUCUUGAACUACAUAAACUGUACCUUUGAUGUGCCUAAUAGUUUCAGAUGUCUUAGUUUUUUAUAACUAUAGUGGUUUAGGCCAAGAGGCAUUCUUAUUUAAGCUGGCAGAAAAGUAGCAGGAAUUCAAAAGUUUAGAAGAUAAAAGGUUUUAUGAUAGUGUUAAUUGUUUUUUGUUAGAUAAACAUUUUAUUUGUUUAAUCAUUGAUGCCUUACAAAAGAAAACAUCUUUUCUAAUACCUUAAAUAUGUGCAGUUCAUAUAAUUAUCAGUGAAUUCUUUUAAAGGUUGUAAAACUAGUUUUCCCUCUUAAGAAUCUCAGGAGUAUUGAAUUGAGGUAAAGGCGUUUCCUGGUGUCAGUGGGUAAGAUAGUGCUAGUUAGCUGUUGUCAGUAGUUAACAUCGAACAUAUGCUUUAGUUGGGUUCAUGGUCCCAUCAUUAAUACACCCCACAGUGCCUAUGGAACAUUUCUUAGCUGAUCAAAAGCUGUGUGGGAAGAGUUUUAUAUUAAGGAACAAGUAUUAAUUUUUAAGUUCUUAUAAUUAUCUGAAGCAUCUAAGAUAAUCCUUCAUGCAUAUUCUGUCUUUAGGAUGUCUUAAAUUAUUAGUAGCAAUUUCUUUAAAAAUAUAAUAAAAGCAACCACAAAUACAUGAGGAUUGACUCUUUAAAUGAAUGAGAUGGGCUCCAUACAUUGGCUUUGAAUAAAAAAAAUACAUAAGUGCUUUCAGUGACUUAUAUAGAGUUUUUUUUGUUUGUUUUUGAGAUGGGAUCUUCUGUAGCCUAGACUGGUCUUGAACUGGCUAUGUAGCUGAGGAAAACCUUGAGCUAUUCUUGCCUUCACUUCCCAAGUGCUGGGACUACAGGCAUGUAUGAAACACCAUGCUUGGUUUAUGUGAUGUUGGGGAUGGAACCCAGGGCUUACAUGCAUGUUAGACCAGUAUUGUACCAACUGAGCUGCAUCUGCAGCAAAAUUUAUUCAUGCUUUUAAGAUAUGUUCUCUUAUAACCCUUCAAAGCAGAUGCAGACAUACCAUUUUUCAAGCCAGUUUCAGAUAGGGAGUUGACGUUUUUUUGAUAUGCAUGGUAAAUGUGUCUUAAUGUGUCAUCAUAGCUCAUUUAUUCUCAUAGAACGUACCUCAAAAGUUCAUUUCUUUUUCUUUUAGUGUUCAGUUUCAUGAAAAUUUAAUAACUGACAUUAUGUUUGGCAUUUAUCUUAUAAUCUAAGUCUGAAAAAAAUCUUAAUUUUCUUUAUACCUAAAACUAGAACUCUGUCUCCAUUCUGCCCUUUCUAACUCCCUGGAGAGAGGACGGGAGUGGUGCCUUGACACAAAGAAGUCAAGACCCUCAGAACGUCCCUGAGAACGUCGCCCUAACAUGCAGGUUUUAAAUGUUUGUGACUCUUAAGACUAUUCUAUAGUAAUGUGGAUCAACAACUGGAUAAAAAUAGAAAUUUUAAAAGCAUUCAUAAAUAACAGCAGGACUUGCAAGCAAAUCUAUAAAUGUUCUGGAACCUUUAUGCUUACACAAAAUUUAAAAUCACUGAGGAGUGAAAUUUAGAAGGAAUUAAAUGGCCAUUUAGUUCAUGCAAUAUAAUUGAGACAUUGUUGGUACAUCUGGUGGAAUAUCUUAACAAAUGGUAUUUUUUUAAAUUCCAAAAUUAAUAGACCCAUUCUCAAUGAUCUAAAUAAUGGUAUUGGAGAACUUGAUUCCUGCUAUUUAGAAAUUAUUGAUUCAUUGCUGGUUUGUAUUUCUAACUUAAAGGCUCUGCUGUGCUUUGUACUUGAAUUCGUCUAAGUGUAGACUUAGUUUAUAUAUGCUUGCAUAUUUAUUUUCAACUUUGCUUGUCUUUAAAAUCACUUGAGGAAAUGGCUAUAGUUAAUUUCUGCUACAGAAAAGCCACCUGGUAAAUUUUCUCAAUUGUCUUAAAUGCUAAAGUACAAUUCUACAAUAGCAGAGAACUAACUGUACAGGCGUCCAGUUAGCUGUGUUCUAACGGAAAUAAACUUGCCAUUUGAUGAUGUGUACAGCUGUA